UGGAGCCCUUUAUGGAAAUAAAACAACCGUUUUGAUCAGCCACAGACAAAACAACAGCUUAUUGCUAACGCGACCUGCUGCUGCAUCAAUCUUUCAGAGAACCGCUAGGGUUUCUUCUGCACACCCACCCAAAUGGCUGAUCCUGAGUUGGAAGCAAUCAGACAGAGAAGAAUGCAAGAGCUUAUGGCUCGGCAUGGCGUGGGAAAUCAACAGAACUCUGAACAGCAGAAGGCUCAGGAUGAUGCAAAGAGGGAGGCAGAGGAACGAAGACAAAUGAUGCUUAGUCAGAUAUUAUCUGCUGAAGCACGAGAAAGACUUGCUCGAAUUGCUCUGGUGAAACCCGAGAAAGCAAGAGGUGUUGAGGAUGUUAUACUGAGAGCUGCUCAAGUGGGUCAGAUAACUGAAAAGGUUUCUGAAGAAAGACUCAUAUCACUGCUGGAGCAGAUAAACAACCAAACAACAAGGCAGACUAAAGUUACUAUACAGAGGCGUCGAAGUGUUCUCGAAGAUGAUGAUUAAUUUUCACUGUCUCUUUAAAUGAUGUGCUGGGUAUUAAUUGCAUGCUUUAUUUGUAUUUUACAAAGUAUUUUAUAACUGGAUUUUGAAAUAUAUAUGUAUCAUCUAGUAUUUUGGUUCUAUAUACUACUUGGAAGUUCUCUAUUUACAUGCAUAUAUUCAUUUGUAAAACAGCUGGAUCACAACCUUACUGCUG